GAUUUUUUCUUUUUACAUUACGUAUUUAUUGAUUUUUUAUUUAGUUUACAUUACAUUUCAAUAGAAAUACAACAAAAUUCAGUUAUUUCCAGCCGUUUCAACGUCUACAAUCAUAAUGGCCGCUAGUUAUGUGUAUUCUCAUUUAUUUGUUGGUUCAAACAAGAUCGGUUCUGAUUCUGCGCCGCGCGGUUCGUAUUUCGACGCUUCGCAGUUCGACAAUUCUCGGAUUUGGUUCUGAAUCAUAAAAAGUAUUAGUUUUCGCUAAAUUUUGACAGGGCUUUAACUUACAAUUAACAAAUGACAAACGUUAGUGAUGGAUUUAAUCGUCGGGCGGAUGUUGCGACUGCCUGUUGCUGGAUUAACACCGCCGAUUGACACGUAGCCAGGGUUGGAGUUGCGUUUGCCGGGGUUCCAUCCGGCUGAGAACGUGACUUGCGCUUCGCAAUGCACCAAGGUCACGCAGAGGAUGAGCGCGACUAUAGCGACGCCCAAGUGCAUUGUGACAACUGACAGGUUGAAUCAAGAUGGUGGCGGGGUGUCUUUGCAAGCAACGACGAUAAACGACUGAAGAAUAUCUGCAAUCGAUUGUGCUCCUACAAGAGAAAAACCUCAACUAAAUCAAGAAUCUUACACGCAAACAUCGAAAACCAUCAUAGAAUUAGCCCAAAUCGACAAACUCAACGUCCGCACACGUCAAAAACCUACAAAUAAAAAUCUUCAACUUGAUUUAAAGGCAGAGAAAUUAAAAGUAUCGCAAGCAGAUGAUUUCGAUGAAAAAUUCAGCGUGGAUAGUCUUAACCUACGUGAAGAACCCGAAAAAGAGAAUUCGACGCAUCAUACAAAAGCCACACGUGAGUUGUUAGAGUUUCUUGACAUGAAAGACGUAAAUAAUGUAAGGUUAAAUCAAUGGGUGGAUGAUUUAAACAUAUCGCCACUUAUCCCGAGAAUUUCUCAACAUGGCCGCUCGAAAUUUUCACUCGCCGGGCGAGAGAAAGACUUCAAUCGACAGAUGACAUCGUUUCAUAGUCUUAUUCAUUUGAAUGACGAAGCAAUUGAGGUUAGGAGUGGUAAAAACGUAGAAAAACGCAUUUCUAAGCUAGGCGCAUGGCAUUCCCAAACACAAUAUGGCGUAGAUGACGUAGACUCGACAUGUACCCCGAACAUAACCUCAAGCUCAAAGAGAAGUUUUAUACGACGUCGACAUGUAGUGAUACAAAAAUCUCACGGGUGAGUGAUGAAUGUCGGCCGAAAUCACCGCAGGCGUCUAAGUUUAGCAGCUCGUCAAUGACGGACGCGAUUGGUUCGCGUUAUCAAUGCGCAAUGAAGAAUAAGGAUGCGCAUGCGCGGGGUACGUUCAUGUCGCCGACGUUAAGCUCCGAGAGCAAGUCGUUGAAACAACAAGUGGAAAGCGUGCGGUGUUUGAUGGGGAGUAAAUUUAGAGAGGGCGCUGAUGGUCUGAAAUUGGGGCGUGGGGAGAUUCCGUAUGCAAGGUUCACGCCCGGUGUAAUGGCGCGUGCGGUGAAAAGUGAAGAGUUGGCAAAGCGACAGCAAAAAAUCCAGAAAAUUCCAUGCGCAAUGAGUUCUUCUACUUUAUUUGGAUCCUCAUCAUCUUGUGAUAAUGGUUUUUUUCUUCUUUUGAAUCUGAUAAAGUCUCCGGAUUUUAAUACGUCGUUAAAAGGUUUAGCUGAGAUUAUAGACAUGGCGAAACACAUGUCCAGAGACUUUAUCAUGCCCUAUAUGACUGUGAUAAAUCAACGAUUGUUGGAGUUGCUGAAAUCGCCGCGAUCGCAUGUGGCGCGCACCGCAUGUCAACUUACCGGGCAUUUUUUUGAGGUUAUGAAGGAUACACGUCGACCUGAAUUCGAUGAUAUAAUCAAUACAUUAUUGUAUAAAACCGCCGAUGCGAGUAAAUUCAUCCGUCAGGAUGCCAACAUGGCGCUGGAUGCCAUGGUAACGCAUAUUCCGAUAUUCCACGCGGUGCGUUCGCUCUGCGCCAAGGGUCCAACGCAUCGUAAUCCAUUGGUGCGCUGUGCGGCGGUCCGAUUGAUAAUUUGCGCGGUGGUUAUCGCUGGACCUGCGGCUGUUAUGAAUAAUCCGAAUUUGGAGACAACACGCAAGAGGAUUAUUGAAAAUCUCGGCUAUUUUCUGGACGAUAAAAACGUAGAAACAAGAAAAUACGCGGAGAGAUUGUACAUGAUUCUGCAUAAAGAAGGUACUUUUGAUUUCUACGCGAAAAAGUACCUGAAUCGGACCAAGCACGACGCUUUGCUCAUUGCAAUCAAGACGUUGUGUAAAAAAUCUGUCAUUUGAAGCGUUUUGUGUUGUUAAAUGUAGAAAAUUUGCGUUGA